AUGGACAACUGGUUGUUCGUCUACCUUGUCUCUAUCGUCAUUGAGCCUAUACUUUCAGGUACCUACAUCCAGGCUGAGACAGACUCACAACACAAGAUCGUCGCCAUGAAUGAAAGGGGGUUGCCAAUCACCGGCCAAAACUCACUGAUUUUCCAGAUCAAGGCGUGUUCUAAUGCAUAUUUUGUUCUGUCUGAGAAGUACCGGUUUAGUAAACCAGACCAACGGUUCUUCCUAGUCAUCUUGGGAGCGACGGCAACGUCCAGCGUGAACGGCAUCCGAGACAGUUGUCUGAGAAGUUGCGACAAACCUUCAGCAAAGAAAGUAGGACAGUGGCUCCACUGCUCCACCUUCCGGACGUUCUGGCUAGCCUGGGAUGAACACGGAGGUCUGGGUUUGGGAAGUGGCGCUGUGGCUCUACGGAACUCUCUCAUGAAACUCAGAUCACCACGUCCGUUCCCCCUCAACUUCCUCUUCCUCUGGGGACAGGACAACGCUCCUCAGUUCGUGUUCCCGAGGCCAUAUGGUGGUUCAACAGUCGAGAUUCCCGAAAACACAGAUAUAAAGAAGGUGAUACUCGAUCUGAAGGCCACCGACCAGGACAAGGACAUGUUAAAGUUUUCUGUUGUUGGGGAACACUCGUACACAUUCAAGUGCGCAGGCUCGAGCCUCGUUCUGAUGAAUCCAGUGGAUUACGAAGAGCAGUCACUGUACAACGUGCAAAUAAGAGCGUUUGAUGGGUCGUACGCAUCGGUCACUCAUCUCACUGUCAUAGUUACUGAUGUCAAUGACAAUGCCCCGGAAGUUGAUAGAAUUGACCCUAUAGAGAUACCGGAGCAACUACCGGAAGGCUCUGUCAUUGGUGCAAUAACAUCGGCACGUGAUGUGGACACCAAUGACAAGAUCACGUUUUCUCUAGAAGAAAGAGAUUCGUCAUACUUUUCUGUCGACCCAAAUACUGGCCUCCUGUACAUAAGAAGGACAGUGGAUCUCGAAGCGAUGUCAGUGACGUCAUACAUUGCCAACAUGACGCUAAUAGUGACAGACGUGGUGGGUCACUCUACGUCCACGGCUGUCAUCGUCAUCGUCAAUGACAUCAACGACAACCCACCUGCAUUUCUCCAGGACGAGUACCACAUUAACAUCAGCGAGACGAGCAGUGGAGACGUCGAGUUGAUAACCUUCACCUUGUAUGACCCCGACGUUGACCCUGACGCUAACAUCAGCCUGUCCCUCCGCGACGUCAGUGACGUAUUCUACCUGCAGGACAGAACGCUGGUGUGUGCUACCGACCGGCUGAAGUAUGAUAACCAGCCCCAAUACACGCUGAAGGUGGAGGCAAGGGACAAGGAGAAGAUGGGGAGACAGAACACGGCGACAGUGACGGUCGUUGUUGAAGUGUUGCCGGUUGUGAAACGCGCUCUCGCCUGGAUGACUGGAGCCAAUGGCAGACUACCUCGAGUGACCUUGUCCAGGAGAGUUCCACCCGGAUCAGCAGUGACCGUCUUGAUCGCAAGUCAGUCAUGCUCGGGGACAGAUGGACACGUCUUCUACAGAAUUCUGUCGGUCAAAGAUGAGAAAGAACGCCAGGUGGCUGGAGCAUACACCAUUGAUGCCAAGACCGGGCAAGUCACGACAACUGAAUCAUUCAACAAAAAUGUCGCUGUGUACAACUGCCUCCACGUCCAGGCGUACGACCUGCAUCAACCUGACCGAUUCAUUGACGGCUGGGUCAGUGUCGACGUGCACGCCGUCACUGAUGAUCCUCGUGACGACCUGGUAGGAGCGGAGUCGUGCAAGACACAGACCGAGCUCCUUCUUCUUCAGAGCAUGGUCGGAAUACUAUCCUUCUGUCUGCUUGUAUCUAGCUGCGUCAUCGUAUGCAAGAGGAAGUCACCAAUUAAAGUUUACCCGAUAAAGUAA